CGUGAACCAUGCCUGCGAAAACCAAGAGCUCGACGGCCGCGAAGAGAGCGGUGGAGUCCAACGAGGAGCAGAGUGCCGCCCGCAGACCCCCGAGCGCCGCUGCGGAGCACGGUGAGACCGAUGCGUCUCCGGGCGAGUCUGCUGAGGAGCUGGAUAACCGCAGUCUGGAGGAGAUCCUCACCAGCAUCCCUCCUCCGCCGCCUCCCGCCAUGAGCUCCGAGCCCGGGGCCCCGCGCCUCAUGAUCACACACAUCGUCAACAGAAACUUCAAGUCCUACGCCGGAGAGCAGAUUCUGGGCCCCUUCCAUAAGGUAUCUGCAGCCCGUCUGCUCCAUGUCUUUGAAUCAGCUGUGUUCUGUUUUUAG